CUAACAGUCUAUAAGAAGACAGCUUCCAGCAGCCUAAUUCACUUCUCAUCACUCAUCUCAUCAACACAAUCAUCUCUUCAGAGUACUUUAAACACUCUUCACUCCCCUCCUUGUCUCACUCUCCCAUCAUCACAUCUUCUGUCUCACUAUCCACACACUCUUACAUCAACAAUGCCUAUCGUUGCCAAUCUUGUCCAGAGACCUGCUCCUCGCAGCAAGGUUCUCCCCCACCAGACCAAGACCAAGACCAAGCAGAGCCAUGCAGCCAAGACUUCACCCGCCAAGCCUAUCAUGGCACCCACUGAGGCUACUCCUCUUGUCGCAGUGAUCGGCGUUGGCUUCGUUGGUACUGGUCUUGUUGACUCUUUCUCUUCCAAGUACGAGAUCAUGGGCUUUGACAUCUCUGAAGAUCGUCUUGAGUUCCUCAGGGGAGAGUUCAGUGCUCGACCCAACGUCUCCUUCACUUCCAACGAGCCUGAUCUUGGCAAGGCUACCCACUUCCUUAUCUCUGUUCCUACCCUCCUUCGCUCUGACAGGACCAUUGAUCUGUCUUAUCUCCGCUCUGCCCUUCGCCGUGUUGAGCAGUGGGCUCGCCCUGGCUGCACUGUUGUCAUUGAGAGCUCUGUCUCUGUCGGCCUCACUCGCGAACUUCUUGGCCCCAUUGCUAAGGCCAAGGGUCUCUUCGCCGGAAUGUCUCCCGAGCGCAUUGACCCCGGCCGUGUUGAGCCUCCCAUGCGAUCCAUCCCCAAGGUUGUUUCUGGCCUCGAUGAUGUCAUCCCUGGAUCUCUCGACGCUGUUGUCCGUCUCUAUGGCCGCGUCUUCGACAGCAUUGUCCCUGUCUCUAAGCCUGAGGUUGCUGAGAUGUGCAAGCUCUACGAGAACUGCCAGCGCAUGAUGUGCAUCGCCUAUGCCAACGAGAUGGCCGACGCUUGCAAGGGUCUUGGCAUUGACGCCUUCGAGGUGUCUCGUGCUGCUGCCACUAAGCCCUUCGGUUACAUGCCCUACACUCCCAGUCUCGGUGUUGGUGGUCACUGCAUCCCUGUCAACCCCUACUACCUGCUCUCCAACUGCGAGUUCCCUCUUCUCGAGGCCUGCGCCGACAAGAUGAACAAGCGCCCUGCCACCCAGGCCCAGAAGAUCGUCGAUGAGCUUCGCGGAACCAGCAAGCUUCAGCGCCGUGACUCCGGUAUUGAGCUCAGCAAGCGAAUCCUUGUUGUCGGCAUGGGCUUCAAGGCCGGACAGGACCAUCUCGUCAACUCUCCUGGUCUCCAGCUCGCCAGGGAGCUUCAGAAGCUUUCCAUGGAUGUCACCUUCGCCGACUCUCUCGUCAAGCAGACCGCUGUUCCCGAGAUUCCCCGAUUGGCUGAUGAGGACUGGAACAAGGAGGAGCUUGAGAACUUUGACAUGAUCGUUGUCAGCUUCAAGCAGUGGGGUAUGGACUUUGAUGUCUUGGACCAGGUCUCUGUUCCUGUGCAGAUGUGGUGCCAAUAGAGAGUUCAAAAAGCUUGAUAUAGGCGUUCUGGUUUCUGGUUUCUUGUUUUCUAUAAUACAUCAAUGUCUUCUUUCUUAGCAUAGAAGUAAUAAUCAUAAGUUAAUACAAAGUCGUUCAAAUAAUCACUUCC